AUGGGAUUUAAGAUAUCCAACUUCGUUGGUGACCCUUUUGCUAUAGCGACAGUAAGUUUUGGGGUCAUUUCGUGGAUCGUCGCUAUCGCAGGUGGCGCUGCCUCGACACAGUCGUCUUUUCCAAGGUUCACAUGGUGGGGACUCGUCUACCAGAUCGUGUUGAUCAUCACGAUCUUUGUUCUUUACGUCUACAACACGAUCGAACUAUACAAGUUCACCCUUGUAGGGUUCUUGUCCGUGGCAUUUUUGUACACUACUAACUCCACUAACAACUUGAUCUACAACUCCAACUCGUCCGGUAACUUAUGUUGUGCCGCUGGAUGUAUUUUGUUGUCCAUGCUCAACAUUCUCUGGAUCUUGUACUUUGGCGGCCAUCCAGAAUCGCCUACCAACCAGUUUAUCGACUCGUUUUCUGUCAGAAACAACGGUUUCCAUGGCCUGCUUCCAGCUGGCGAGUAUAAGGAAGACGAGUUUGCUGUGCCUCGAAGCACCUCUAACCCUCACCAGACCAACGACGAAAGACACUCACAGAAUACCAAUACCAAGUCUGCCUACAUGUCGUCGCUGCAACUUAAUGGCUUGGAAAACUUUUCCAACUCCAACGUUCCCAACUCCAAUACACACGGCUCUGUCAGAAACUCAACGAGGAACACAGUCUACAACCUGCUGGAUGCCAACGCUUUUGGUAUGCCGGCUGGCGUAUUCAGAUACAAAGCACAGGCAUUGUAUAGCUACGACGCCAAUCCAGAGGACAUUAACGAGAUUUCUUUCGUUAAGGAUGAGAUUUUGGAAGUCGAUGACAUCGACGGCAAGUGGUGGCAGGCCAGAAGGUCCAACGGCCAGGUUGGCAUAUGUCCAUCCAACUACGUCAAGCUUCUAGACUAG